AUAAUAGGGCGUUUGAAAUGCUGGACAUGAGACGGUUGACUAGAGACAGUGAGCUCUACAGAGUGAAACAUUAUGCAGGAAUUCAACUUUUUAGAUAUAGAGUGCAAGAAAGGGGAGUUACUUGAAGUUGCAUCUGCUGCUAACUAGUUAGCUAGCUAAUUCCACAGCAUGAUGUCAUGCUACACCGGUUACAGAAAAUGGGCCUGACAAAGUUGUUACUCAUCUUGCAAUAACAAUGUGCUUCCCUACACUGACAAGAGUGUGUGGAUGAAACAUUAAGUUAAAUGUCUACUCAUUUAGCGGUGGGCUCGCUAAUUCCACACCAUGCUUCUCCUUUGAGUUUUAAUGGGUUCAUCACCAUCUUGUAUGUGCAUUACCACCAUCUCCUGGACUGUAGACUGGCAGGAAUAAUAAGUAUAUUAUUCUGUUACUCUCAAUUGAUUAAUUAGAAGAUUUGUACAUUCCAUGGUGUCUUCCCAAGCAGAUUCCUCAAUGUAAUCUUGUAUUUUACAUCAAUUAUUUGUGAUAUUAAUUCCCUUCGUUAGUCUAUCAGUACAUAUAAUAAUAAUAAUUGUAACCACUGUACAUAUUAUGAAAAUAAUUAUAUGAUUAAUAAUCCCAACACUACACAUAGUUAAAAUAUUAUUAAAAGAGUGAUUUGAUGAAUUACCAUUAAUGAACAAUUAUGAAAGAUUAUAAAAUGUAUCAAUUUAAUUUGUGUGAUAAACUAUAAUUUACAAAAAUAAUUUCACAGAACACCACAGAAUUCCCUCGGGUGACCAUACACUUUAAGAAAGUGGGCGUAAGUUUAGCGUGAAGUGGGCCUUGCACGGUCUUGUACACGGCCCUGUCCCAGAGACAGUCCAGUUGAUACUAUUGAAGAGGAACAGUCAGCUGAAUUCUCACUGUUUUGGCACCGUCAAUUGACGACUCAACUCUCGCGAUAUUACGGCGUAAUAUGGUUCAACGACACGCUAUCAUGAAUGUUGAUAUUUUCAGCACUUUUACUAACGUAAAGGACACGUAAUAUUUCCCAAAAAGCAAAUAUUGAAAAAUUAUAAUUUUCAAACAAUACCAAGAGCGAAGGGUAAGCCUCCAAGUACCUUACGAGAAGUCUCGCGAUGAAUCCUACAAGUUGGGUUUAGUUGUUUACCGUAGUAACGCCAGUGAAGCCCAGGAUACAGCGACGUUAGCUCACGUAUCUACAGUUGUUUAACUACAUUUUGACUCCGAGACACAACAAUGCCCAAAGAGAGACACAAAGAGAAAACAGACGAGGCAAAUGCAGAGGACGAGGCCUCUAAACAUACAGGACGUACUCCAAAUGAAGUUUUGCCUGAUCAGAAGUUUGACGAAUAUCAGUGCUUGGGCAAGGUGGAGAUUGACUUCCCUGGGCUUUGUGAUCUUUUGGACAUGAAGGAUAUCCCAACUGUCAGCACCAAGCAAGCAGCCUCAUCCACCACUGAAACUGAAGAAGAGUACACAGCUUCAGCUGCACCAAACUGGUCUAAAGCAUGCCUCCAAGUGGAACUGGAGAAUGAAGAUCCCCUCAGCGCCAAGAAACUGACGGUUUUAGGAUGGAAGGUAGAUGAGCAGAUUGCCCGAGUGCUGCUGAAGAUGUUUCCCUCCUUGGACAAGCUACAGAGCCUUCAGUUUUGGCAGGCAGGACUGACAGAUCAAAUGGUAACCUCCCUCGUGAACACAGUGUCACUGUGCUCCAACCUCAGAGUUGUUACAUUGGAGGGCAACCAUCUUCCAGAGCGGAGCUACCACCUUCUUCUCUCUGAAGACAGCGUCCUCACCCACUUGUACCUGCGAAAUAACCGGAUUGGAGACAAGGGAGCUCAUCUGAUUGGGUCGGCUCUCUCAACAGCCAGAUCUGCCAACAAGAACCUAAUUUACCUUAACCUGGCUUUCAAUUGUAUCGGUGAUGCAGGUGCUACACAUAUCGCACAGGGCCUGCGGUUCAACCGUGCUUUGCUCAUGCUCUCACUGUGCAACAAUCAGAUUGGAGACUCCGGAGCUGCUCAUCUGGCUGCGAUUCUUAGUGAGUUCGCUCUCACUCAUGAAGAAGUUGUGGAGAGGAGGAAGAUGCUUCUGGAAAGAACACAAUCUUCAUCUUCAACUGUGGAUUCUAACCCGCCUGCUGACCAACCUCUCUCAGUAGCCACUGCCAGCAGCAGUUCACUGAGCGUCAGCAAAGGGGGGAACAAAGGCAAAAAAAAGAUAACAUCCAAAAGAGACAAGAAACCAGCUGCCAACAAAGAGAACCCAGAGUCUAACAAGAAACUCUCUGAUAUAAAGCUGACUCAAAGUAAAGCCAGAGAGCCAGGGGAGCCAGAGAAACCACUACAUGCACAAGAGGAUACAUCGAGUACUGCCCAGACCGAGAAGGGACAGUCGGUGGAGAUAGUGAACCCCCUGCUGGACGAGCCGGUGCAGUACAGGGAUGGUGAGCUUUUUCUGCCUGGAAACAAGGCUCUCGCCUCCCUCAACUUGGCAGGAAACAGAAUUACAAGGAAGUCGCUGCCUCUUUUCCUGACAUCACUAGAGAUGCAGGGGGAGGGACGACGCCUGCUGCGUCUCUGUCUGCAGAGAAACCGCUUCCCACCAGAGUGUGAGUAUUAUGUGAAGAUAAUGGAACUGAUGACACUCAGAGAUCCACUCAAGAAAAACAGCUCCUAACAGACAGAAGAGGAGGAACAGUUACUAGGGCGUAUACUAGUACUGAGAGAACUAAUCUAAUUUUACUGACUGUGUACUUUUCUUUUGGUAUAUAACAUUAAAAGACAUGCAUU